UUGUGUUGUUUUUUUUUAAAGCUGACUGGCCUGUUACCAACUCAAACAUUCAUCUCAUUCUCCCAGCCGACGUCUAAGCUGGAAGGAAAAUGCGCAACCCUCCAUUGAAGUGAGAUCGCUGCAUACAUAAAGACUUUCUACCAGGCCCGCCCUGACAGCCACCUCACUUGAGUUUCGGCAGAGGAAGGUGUAAGGCCGACAUUACAAGUCCAACAAAAUGGCGACGUCGCAGCUUCUGGUCUGUGCGGUGGCUGCAGUCAUCUUGGCCGUGGUUUCUGGUCAGCUGGCUGGCGGGAUAAGCAACGUGAAUUUGUCUAUGGACGCUGAACCUGUGACCUUUGCUGUGGACGCCAUCAACCUGAAGUUUUCAGCCCUCGCUGCCUCUACGAAUGACACCUACACUCCACGACAGCUCGUUGCCAUCAUUAACGCUCAGCAGCAGGUGGUCAGCGGUAUGAACUACAUCCUCACUCUUCUUGUGGCAGCAGGGCCUCAGGAGUAUGUUUGCAACGCCACCGUGUGGUCCCGAGUAUGGCUGAGUGGACCGGAGCGACUGAGCAUCACCAACGGACCUGAGUGUUCCCGCCAGCACCACGAUUAUCAACAAUCCUGAUCCUACGACGACAGCGACGACGACGCAGCCCCUCCGUUGAUGCAAGGCACCCUAAAGGCUCUUGAGUCUGCAGUUAACAAGCUUAACGACGGCGAGUACUCGUACAAACUCCACGACCUGGCCAACAUCAAGGUGACUC